UGAGCCGGGGGCGUGUUGACUUUCCGGGGACGGCGCUCAUGGAGGCUCGGGAAUAGCGAGGCGUCUGGAGGGGUUCGCCGGCCGCCGCCAUGUUCGGCUGCCUGGUGGCGGGCAGGCUGGUUUCCAUGAUCCUGGGGUUGUGCCAGCCAGGUGGUCAACAGCCACUUCUUAGUGACUUGGCAACCUCUUCUGCACCCUAUUUUCCUCCUACGCACAUGGGGAGCGAAGACUAUGAAAACAUCAACCAUGUAGUGGUCUUCAUGCUGGGAACUAUACCAUUUCCAGAUGGAAUGGGAGGAUCUGUCUAUUUUUGUUACCCAGACCAGAGUGGGAUGGCAGUGUGGCAGCUGCUGGGGUUUGUCACUAAUGAGAAGCCAAGUGCCAUCUUCAAAAUUUCUGGUCUGAAAUCUGGGAAGGGAAGUCAACAUCCCUUUGGUGCCAUGAACCUCCCACAGACGCCAACAGUGGCUCAGAUUGGAAUCUCAGUGGAACUGCUGGAGAACCUGGCCCAGCAGACUCCUGUUGCAAGUGCUGCUGUGUCAUCAGUAGAUUCAUUCACGGAGUUCACUCAGAAGAUGUUGGAUAAUUUCUAUAACUUUGCUUCCUCGUUUGCUGUUACUCAGGCACAGAUGACCCCAAAUCCUUCUGAAGCUUUCAUUCCUGCAAAUGUAGUUCUGAAAUGGUAUGAAAACUUCCAGAGACGUCUGACACAGAACCCUCUCUUUUGGAAAACAUAAGCUUAAAUUCUGUCAUUUAGAGUUCUUUCUAAAGUGUUACCUGAAAGAUGCAUCAAAUAGCUCCACUGAAGAUUUUCGGGGGGGAAAAAGGGAAAAAACCCAAACAACGAUUAGUCUAAAUAGACAAACUAGUAACUUUUAUAUUACUCUUGAACAGUAUUUAAAAUUAAAAUCAAUGAAAAUGACUACUCUGCAUGUUGGUUUAUUUAACUGAAGUGCUUGGCUGCAACAAGAAAUCAGUGUUCCAUGUAGAAAUACUUAUUUGAAACUGCAUUUAAAGUGGAAAAAAUUACAAGAUGAAAAAUGGCA